AUGACUCAAAGCAAAGAGCAACAAACGAAGAAAACCAUUCAUGAUAUCGUUCGAACAAAUAAUGUUAAAGAACUAGAAUUAAUAGUGGGCCAUGGUGCAAGUGUGAAUGAAGUUGAUACACGCUGUGACGAUAAAUUUACACCAUUACAUUGGGCUGCACAUUCCGGAACUCUUGAAUGUAUGCAUUGGCUUCUAUGGCAAUCUGCUGAUAUGGAUGCGCAAACACCCAAAGGAUGGACUCCUGCUCAUAUUGCUUCGAUCCGAGGACAUGAUGCAUGUGUACAAGCUUUGAUUAAUAACAAUGUUAAUAUAAAUGCACGAGAUCGUCGUAAUCAAACUUGUCUUCAUAUGGCUUGUGCACAUGGAAAUUCCUUUGUUGUACAUACACUUCUACGUGGGGGCGCAGAUCUACAUCAUCGUGAUGUCAAUGGAUGGACACCAGCUUAUACUGCUGCCUAUCAUGGAAGACUCGGAUGUCUACAAAUGUUAGUUAAAUGGGGUGCGAAGUUAGAUGAUGUCGAUAAUGAAGGGAAUACAGCUGCUCAUCUUGCUGCAAUGGAAGGUCAUUUGCCAUGUUUGAAAUUUAUCGUUUCAAUUACUCGCGAUACGAGAGCAGUAUUAGGAGCUCGUAAUGAUCAAGGUGAUACACCGAAAUCGUUAGCUGAACAAUUUUUUAAAGAAAAUUGUUGUACAUAUCUCGAUGCACUUGAAUGGGAAAAUGAUCAUCCUGAACAAGCAGAAAAUCUUGCUUUUCCAGCACAUGUAGCAGCAUAUAAUGGUGAUUUAGAACAUGUGAAAUUAUUAGUUGAACAAGGUGUCGUGAAUAUAAACGAACGUGAUGAACGUGGAGCAACAUUAGCACAUAAAGCAGCUGGCCAAGGACAUCUAGAAAUUUUACGAUGGUUAAUGGAAAUGGGUGCAUCAAUGGAUUUAGCCACGCAAAGUGGCGAAACACCAAAAGAUGUAGCAAGACGUUUUAGUCAGUUAGCUUGUUUGAAACUUAUAGGUGGAGGAUCUGAUAAAACAGAAACAGGUGCAAGCCAUAAUCAUCAAAAUGAUUUGAAUAGAAGAAACUUAACAGCAAAAGAAGAAGAAUUUCGACGUGCAAAACAAAAAUUUGAAGAAUUAAAAAAACAAUCUGAAAUAGCAAAGAAAAAUUUUCGUCAAUUAGGUGGACAAUUCGAAGAAGAUAAUAAACGAGAAACAGUUGAAAAUGAAACACAAAAAAAAAUUGAAGAAAUUGAAGCACAAUUAGAAUUCGAAAGAUUGAAACGAGAAAAACGUGAAUCAGAAUUAGAUCAAUGUCGAAAUGAAAUUGCUCGUCUAAUCAAUAUCAUACGAUCAUUCGAAGAGAAAAAAAUACAUGCACGCCAACGACCAUCAAGUGAAACUCGUCAACAUCGACAUAGAAAAUCAUCGGCAGCUUCGCAAAAGCAAUCGCGAAAAGUAGAAAAAGAAACAGGACUUUUGUUUAUGGCUAGAAAUUCUGUUACUUCUUAA